GUUUCUUAAAAAGGUUACAGACAGAAAGCUUGGGUUUUUCAGAGUUGAGGAUACACUUGAUAUGCACAUGUCAAAGAGCCAAGGGGAUAUCCAACAAAGGGGACAGGAUAUUGAUACCUCAGUCAUAACAGGAAAGGAGAGCAAGACCAACCUGACGGUGGAUAGAAUGGAGAGUGUUGACAUUGAAUUCUGGUAUUUCUCUUCUCUGUAUACAAUGGUUACAGCCCUAUACAUUGGGGCAAUUAUAACUAAGGCGAGAGGGAGUCAUGAUAGGGAAUACUGGACCUUUGCACUUUUGGCUCUUGGGGGGCCUCUGUGCUUUUUGGCCCUUCCAGGUUACCGCAGUCUGCUCUUUCUGACCUGCAGCCUCUGGUUGUGCUAUGUAGUUCUGGGCAGACGAGUGGACAUGCUGACGAUGCAGGGAAGAGCUGUGCUGAUUACAGGUAGGUGAUGCGGAUAUACGGGUGCCAUACACUGACAUUAUCAUACCAACCGCUGUCAACAAAAAUUGACUGAUACUUCCUAUUCAUAACAUAGUCAAGACGUGAGGCCCCUUAAAUCUUCUGUACAAUCUUAUUGAAUGUGGUUUCAAUACUGCUGUGAGUGCUUUGGGUACUCAUGAAUGAAGUACACGUGAACAUUGGUACAGUGUGUCAACUGGUGUCCAAUUUAUUUGUUUCUCUCCAACGUGAACAGGUUGUGAUACAGGUUUUGGUCAUGCCCUAGCGAGAAGGCUUACUGACUUGGGAGUGACUGUGUUUGCUGGGGUUCUGGAUGAGACCAGCCCAGGAGCAGUGGAGCUGAAGAGACUGGGGUCUGAGGGGCUACAAGUCGUUCAGCUGGAUGUGACAGACGCUGGGCAGAUAAAGCGGGCUCACCACUACAUCUGCACUCAGGUUGGGGAGGCAGGUAACGUGUCGUUCACUAUAAGAACUAUAAGGCGCAUUUCCACUGAGGAUUUACCCCAGUGUUUAACCCAAAAGGCUGACUUUUCUGUUUCCAUCUAUGCGGACCGGCACCUGUGUCUCACUGGGCCAUGGUUCCGGCGGACUGGCUCUGACGUAGAGCCAAGGCAACGCCCUGGGUACUUUUCAGUUUAUUAGGUACACCACCCAGUUCACGAAAAUGGCUAGCUCCUACAGACAGUGAGUCAAGUGGCUGUGGCUUGCUAGAUAAAGCAGGCAGACAGGCAGAGACAUUCAGUUACGGUUUGAUUGAACGUUAAAAUGGGCAAAACGAGUGACCUAAGCGACUUUGAGCGUGGUAUGAUCGUCGGUGCCAGGCACCCAGGUUCCAGUAUCUCAAACGACCAGCCUCCUGGGCUUUUCACGCAGAAAGAGUUAAUACAAUAUUUACCAAAUAAACUAAAGGGGAAAAAAACGAAAAGUAACACAAUAACGAGGCUAUAAAUAGGGGGGUACCGGUACCGAGUCAAUGUGCGGGGGUACAGGUUAGUCAAGGUAAUUUGUACAUGUAGGUAGGGGUAAAGUGACUAUGCAUAGAUAAUAGACAGCGGGUAGCAGCAGUGUAAAAACAAAUGGGGGGGGGGGUCAAUGUAAAUAGUCCGGGGGGUCAAUUGAUUAAUUGUUCAGCAGUCUUAUGGCUUGGGGGUAGAAGCUGUUAAGGAGCCUUUUGGUCCUAGACUUGGCGCUCCGGUAGAUCUUGCCGUGCGGUAGCAGAGAGAACAGUCUAUGACUUGGGUGACUGGAGUCUUUGACAAUUUUUUGGGCUUUCCUCUGACACUGCCUAGUAAAUAGGUCCUGGAUGGCAGGAAGCUUGGCCCCAGUGAUGUACUGGGCCGUACGCACUACCCUCUGUAGCGCCUUACGGUCAGAUGCCGAGCAGUUGCCAUACCAGGCGAUGAUGCAACCGGUCAGGAUGCUCUCGAUGGUGCAACUGUAGAACUUUGUGAGGAUCUGGGGACCCAUGCCAAAUCUUUUCAGUCUCCUGAGGGGGAAGGUGUUGUCGUGCUCUCUUCACGACUGUCUUGGUGUGUUUGGACCAUGAUAGUUUGUUGGUGAUGUGGACACCAAGGAACUUGAAACUCUCGACCCGCUCCACUACAGCGCUGUCGAUGUUAAUGGGGACCUGUUCGGCCCGCCUUUUCAUGUAGUCCACGAUCAGCUCCUUUGUCUUGCUCAAAUUGAGGGAGAGGUUGUUGUCCUGGCACCACACUGCCAGGUCUCUGACCUCCUCCCUAUAGGCUGUCUCAUCGUUGUCGGUGAUCAGGCCUACCACUGUUGUGUCGUCAGCAAACUUAAUGAUGGUGUUUGGCCACGCAGUCGUGAGUGAGAAGGGAGUACAGGAGGGGACUAAGCACGCACCCCUGAGGGGCCCCAGUGUUGAGGAUCAGCGUGGCAGACAUGUUGUUGCCUACCCUUACCACCUGGGGGCAGCCCGUCAGGAAGUCCAGGAUCCAGUUGCAGAGGGAGGUGUUUAGUCCCAGGGUCCUUAGCAUAGUGAUGAGCUUUGUGGGCACUAUGGUGUUGAAUGCUGAGCUGUAGUCAAUGAACAGCAUUCUCACAUAGGUGUUCCUUUUGUCCAGGUGGGAUAGGGCAGUGUGGAGUGCGAUUCCGUAAUCUGUGGACCUGUUGGGGCGAUAUGCGAAUUGGAGUGGGUCUAGGGUAACCGGGAUGACGCUGUUGAUGUGAGCCAUGACCAGCCUUUCUAAGCACUUCAUGGCUACCGACGUGAGUGCUACGGGGCGGUAAUCAUUUAGGCAGGUUAUCUUCACUUCCUUGGGCAAAGGGACUAUGGUGGUCUGCUUGAAACAUGUACAGUGAGGGAAAAAAGUAUAUAUAGAUCUAAUAUAUCUAAUAUAUAGAUCUAAUAUAGCUUGAAUAUAUAUAUAUAUAUAUAUAUAUAUAUAUAUAUAUAUAUAUAUAUAUAUAUAUAUAUGCAUUCAUACAUACAGUGAGGGAAAAAACUAUUUGAUCCCCUGAUGAUUUUGUACGUUUGCCCACUGACAAAGACAUGAUCAGUCUAUAAUUUUAAUGGUAGGUUUAUUUGAACAGUGAGAGACAGAAUAACAACAAAAAAAUCCAGAAAAAUGCAUGUCAAAAAUGUUAUAAAUUGAUUUGCAUUUUAAUGAGGGAAGUAAGUAACAUGACUUAGUACUUGGUGGCAAAACCCUUGUUGGCAAUCACAGAGGUCAGACGUUUCUUGUAGUUGGCCACCAGGUUUGCACACAUCUCAGGAGGGAUUUUGUCCCACUCCUCUUUGCAGAUCUUCUCCAAGUCAUUAAGGUUUCGAGCCUGACGUUUGGCAACUCGAACCUUCAGCUCCCUCCACAGAUUUUCUAUGGGAUUAAGGUCUGGAGACUGGCUAGGCCACUCCAGGACCUUAAUGUGCUUCUUCUUGAGCCACUCCUUUGUUGCCUUGGCCGUGUGUUUUGGGUCAUUGUCAUGCUGGAAUACCCACCCACGACCCAUUUUCAAUGCCCUGGCUGAGGGAAGGAGGUUCUCACCCAAGAUUUGACGGUACAUGGCCCCGUCCAUCGUCCCUUUGAUGCGGUGAAGUUGUCCUGUCCCCUUAGCAGAAAAACACCCCCAAAGCAUAAUGUUUCCACCUCCAUGUUUGACGGUGGGGAUGGUGUUCUUGGGGUCAUAGGCAGCAUUCAUCCUACUCCAAACACGGCGAGUUGAUGCCAAAGAGCUCGAUUUUGGUCUCAUCUGACCACAACACUUUCACCCAGUUCUCCUCUGAAUCAUUCAGAUGUUAAUUGGCAAACUUCAGACGGGCCUGUAUAUGUGGUUUCUUGAGCAGGGGGACCUUGCGGGCGCUGCAGGAUUUCAGUCCUUCACGGCGUAGUGUGUUACCAAUUGUUUUCUUGGUGACUAUGGUCCCAGCUGCCUUGAGAUCAUUGACAAGAACCUCCCGUGUAGUUCUGGGACGAUUCCUCACCAUUCUCAUGAUCAUUGCAACUCCACGAGGUGAAAUCUUGCAUGGAGCCCCAGGCCGAGGGAGAUUGACAGUUAUUUUGUGUUUCUUCCAUUUGCGAAUAAUCGCACCAACUGUUGUCACCUUCUCACCAAGCUGCUUGGCGAUGGUCUUGUAGCCCAUUCCAGCCUUGUGUAGGUCUACAAUCUUGUCCCUGACAUCCUUGGAGAGCUCUUUGGUCUUGGCCAUGGUGGAGAGUUUGGAAUCUGAUUGAUUGAUUGCUUCUGUGGACAGGUGUCUUUUAUACAGGUAACAAGCUGAGAUUAGGAGCACUCCCUUUAAGAGUGUGCUCCUAAUCUCAGCUCGUUACCUGUAUACAAGAAAUAUUUCUGAUUGAGAGUGGGUCAAAUACUUAUUUCCCUCAUUAAAAUGCAAAUCAAUUUAUAACAUUUUUGACAUGCGUCUUUCUGGAUUUUUUUGUUGUUAUUCUGUCUCUCACUGUUCAAAUAAACCUACCAUUAAAAUUAUAGACUGACCAUUUCUUUGUCAGUGGGCAAACAUACAAAAUCAGCAGGGGAUCAAAAACGUUUUCCCCUCACUGUGUAUAUAUAUAUAUAUAUAAAAUAUUUGCCCCUGGUGGGAUAUGCAAUGAAAUCAAUUUGUAUUUUUCAUCAUGUAAGGCAUAAUUCAACAUUAGAAAGCAGCAUUCUUGGUCCAUAUUCUUAUUUAUCAGGAUGCCUACACCUCUGCUUGCACACCUGGAUUGUACUUGAAAAUCUAUGGCAAGACUUGAAAAUGGCAGUCUAGCAAUGAUCAACAACCAACUUGACAGAGCUUGAAGACUUUAAAAAAGAAUAAUUGCACAAAACAGGUGUGCAAAGCUCUUAUGAGACUUACCCAAAAAGACUCACAGCUGUAAUCACUGCCAAAGGUGUUUCUAACUCAGGGGGGUGAAUACUUAACUAAUCAAAGUAUAUUAGUGUUUUAUUUUUCAUUAAUCUAAAAAGAAUGUUAGAAUUGUUCUUCCACUUUGACAUUAGAGUUUUGUGUAGAUCGUUGACAAAAAAUUUACAAAUCAAUUUUAAUCCCACUUUGUAACACAAUAACAUUUGAAGAAAUCCAAGUUACGAUAAACUGGUCUUGGGCAUCACUGUAUGAAGCCUAGUGUACUUAUCACUUUUUCCAGCUUCGUCCUCUCCUCAGGGCAUUGGGCUCUCUUUCAACUGGAAAGGUUUCUUGCAGCCUGUUAAGAUGGAAUUGACAUUGGCACUUGUGAAUUCCAUCUUUUGUGUUCCUUUCCAUACCCACAGCACUGCCGGGAAGCAAUCCAAUUACGAUCUUGUCUCAUCGCUGCAACUCCCCAAUGGGCUCGGGAGAGGCGAAGGUCAAGUCAUGCGUCCUCCGAAACAUGACCCUCCAAAACGCGCUUCUUAACACCCGCCCACUUAACCCGGAAGCCAGCCGCACCAAUGUGUCGGAGGAAACACCGGUCAACUGUCGACCGAAGUCAGCCUGCAGGCGCCCGGCCCGCCACAAGGAGCCGCUAGAGAGCGAUGAGCCAAGUAAUGCCCCACCGGCCAAACCCUCACGACACUGGGCCAAUUGUGCGCCGCCCUAUGGGACUCCCGGUCACGGCCGGUUGUGACACAGCCUGGGAUUGAACAGGAUUUCAGUCCUUCACGGCCUAGUGUGUUACCAAUUGUUUUCUUGGUGACUAUGGUCCCAUCUGCCUUGAGAUCAUUGACAAGAUCCUCCCGUGUAGUUCUGGGCUGAUUCCUCACCGUUCUCAUGAUCAUUGCAACUCCACGAGGUGAGAUCUUGCAUGGAGCCCCAGGCCGAGGGAGACUGACAGUUAUUUUGUGUUUCUUCCAUUUGCGAAUAAUCGCACCAACUGUUGUCACCUUCUCACCAAGCUGCUUGCCGAUGGUCUUGUAUCCCAUUCCAGCCUUGUGUAGGUCUACAAUCUUGUCCCUGACAUCCUUGGAGAGCUCUUUGGUCUUGGACAUGGUGGAGAGUUUGGAAUCUGAUUGAUUGAUUGCUUCUGUGGACAGGUGUCUUUUAUACAGGUAACAAACUGAGAUUAGGAGCACUCCCUUUAAGAGUGUGCUCCUAAUCUCAGCUCGUUACCUGUAUAAAAGACACCUGGGAGCCAGAAAUCUUUCUGAUUGAGAGGGGGUCAAAUACUUAUUUCCCUCAUUAAAAUGCAAAUCAAUUUAUAACAUUUUUUACAUGCGUUUUUCUGGAUUUCUUUGUUAUUAUUCUGUCUCUCACUGUUCAAAUAAACCUACCAUUAAAAUUAUAGACUGAUCAUGUCUUUGUCAGUGGGCAAACGUACAAAAUCAGCAGGGGAUCAAAUACUUUUUCCCCCUCACUGUAAAUAUUACAGACUCAGUCAGGGAGAGGUUGAUAAUGUCAGUAAAGACACUUGCCAGUUGGUCCGCGCAUGCUUUGAGUACACAUCCUGGUAAUCCGUCUGGCCCCGCAGCUUUGUGAAUGUUGACCUGUUUAAAGGUCUUGCUCACAUCGGCUACCGAGAGCGUUUUCACACAGUCGUCCGGAACAGCUGGUGUUUUCAUGCAUGCUUCAGUGUUGCUUGCCUCGAAGCGAGCAUAAAAGGCAUUUAGCUCAUCUGGUAGGCUCGCGUCACUGGACAGCUCGCGGCUGGGUUUCCCUUUGUAGUCCGUAAUAGUUUUCAAGCCCUGCCACAUCCGACGAGCAUCAGAGCCGGUGUAGUAGGAUUCAAUCUUAAUCCUGUAUUGACGCUUUGCCUGUUUGAUGGUUUAUCUGAGGGCAUAGUGGGAUUUCUUAUAAGCAUCCGGAUUAAUGUCCUGCUCCUUGAAAGCGGCAGCUCUAGCCUUUAGCUCGAUGCGGAUGUUGCCUGUAAUCCAUCGCUUCUGGUUGGGAUAUGUACGUACGGUCACUGUGGGGACAACGUCGUCGAUGCACUUAUUGAUGAAGCCGAUGACUGAGGUGGUAUACUCCUCAAUGCCGUUGGAUGACUCCCGGAACAUGUGCUAGCAAAACAGUCCUGUAGCGUAGCAUUCGCGUCAUCUGACCACUUCCGUAUUGAGCGAUUCACUGGUACUUCCUGCUUUAGUUUUUGCUUGUAAGCAGGAAUCAGGAGGAUAGAAUUAUGGUCAGAUUUGCCAAAUGGAGGGCGAGGGAGAGCUUUGCAUACGUCUCUGUGUGUGGAGUAAAGGUGGUCUACAGUUUUGUUUGUGACAUGCUGGUAGAAAUGAGGUAAAACGAUUUGUUUGUCUGCAUUAAAGUCCCCGGCCACUAGGCUCGCCGCUUCUGGAUGAGCAUUUUCUUGUUUGCUUAUGGCCUUAUACAGCUUGUUGAGUGCGGUCUUAGUGCCAGCAUCGGUUUGUGGUGGUAAAUAGACGCCUACGAAUAAUAUAGAUGAGAACUCUCUUGGUGGAUAGUGUGGUCUACAGCUUAUCAUAAGGUACUCUACCUCAGGCGAGCAAUACCUCGAGACUUCUUUAAUAUUAGACAUUCCGCACCAGCUGUUAUUGACAAAUUGACACACCCCCCCGCCCCUCGUCUUACCAGACGUAGCUUCUCUGUCCUGCCGAUGCAUGGAAAAUCCCGCUACACCCGCUAUAACAUCUGCUAAACACGUGUAUGUGACAAAUAACAUUUUAUUCUGAUGCCAUAGUCAGGAUUUGGCGUAAGCAGCAUGAGUCCAUUGCCCCAUCCUGCCUGGUGUCAACGGUACAGGCUGGUGGCGGUGGUGUAAUGGUGUGGGGAAUGUUUUCCUGGCAAACGUUAGGUCCCUUGAUACCAAUUGAGCAACGCUUUAACACCACAACAUAUCUGGACAUUGUUGCUGAUCAGAUGCAUCCCUUCAUGGCUACAGGGGGGUCCGACCCGGUACUAGAUGGAUGUACCUAAUAAACUGGCUGUACGUCACAAUGGCUAACUGAACUUUAACACCUUCUCACAAAGAAAGUUGUUGAUCUGCUCGCCACAAGUCUUUAGUGUCACACUCCUAUUGGAAACAACACUAGAGCUUACAUUAACAUAAAACACGGGUGACCCACUAGUUUGGGGGUAAGUCUCAGUGGAAAAGCAACAAUAGAUGUCAUUGGAAAAGGCACCAAACUUUACAUACAGUGGGGAGAACAAGUAUUUGAUACACUGCCGAUUUUGCAGGUUUUCCUACUUACAAAGCAUGUAGAGGUCUGUAAUUUUUAUUAUAGGUACACUUCAACUGUGAGAGACGGAAUCUAAAACAAAAAUCCAGAAAAUCACAUCGUAUGAUUUUUUGCAUUUUAUUGCAUGACAUAAGUAUUUGAUCACCUACCAACCAGUAAGAAUUCCGGCUCUCACAGACCUGUUAGUUUUUCUUUAAAAAGCCCUCCUGUUCUCCACUCAUUACCUGUAUUAACUGCACCUGUUUGAACUUGUUACCUGUAUAAAAGAUACCUGUCCACACACUCAAUCAAACAAACAGACUCCAACCUCUCUACAAUGGCCAAGACCAGAGAGCUGCGUAAGGACAUCAGGGAUAAAAUUGUAGACCUGCACAAGGCUGGGAUGGGCUACAGGACAAUAGGCAAGCAGCUUGGUGAGAAGGCAACAACUGUUGGCGCAAUUAUUAGAAAAUGGAAGUAGUUCAAGAUGACGGUCAAUCACCCUCGGUCUGGGGCUCCAUGCAAGAUCUCACCCCGUGGGGCAUCAAUGAUCAUGAGGAAGGUGAGGGAUCAGCCCAGAACUACAUGGCAGGACCUGGUCAAUGACCUGAAGAGAGCUGGGACCACAGUCUCAAAGAAAACCAUUAGUAACACACCACGCCGUCAUGGAUUAAAAUCCUGCAGCGCACGCAAGGUCCCCCUGCUCAAGCCAGCGCAUGUCCAGGCCCGUCUGAAGUUUGCCAAUGACCAUCUGGAUGAUCCAGAGGAGGAAUGGGAGAAGGUCAUGUGGUCUGAUAAGACAAAAAUAUAGCUUUUUGGUCUAAACUCCACUCGCCGUGUUUGGAGUAAGAAGAAGGAUGAGUACAACCCCAAGAACACCAUCCCAACCGUGAAGCAUGGAGGUGGAAACAUCAUUCUCUGGGGAUGCUUUUCUGCAAAGGGGACAGGACGACUGCACCGUAUUGAGGGGAGGAUGGAUGGGGCCAUGUAUCGCGAGAUCUUGGCCAACAACCUCCUUCCCUCAGUAAGAGCAUUGAAGAUGUCGUGGCUGGAUCUUCCAGCAUGACAACAACCCGAAACACACAGCCAGGGCAACUAAGGAGUGGCUCCGUAAGAAGCAUCUCAAGGUCCUGGAGUGGCCUAGCCAGUCUCCAGACCUGAACCCAAUAGAAAAUAUUUGGAGGGAGCUGAAAGUCCGUAUUGCCCAGCGAUAGCCCCGAAACCUGAAGGAUCUGGAGAAGGUCUGUAUGGAGGAGUGGGCCAAAAUCCCUGCUGCAGUGUGUGCAAACCUGGUCAAGACCUACAGGAAACGUAUGAUCUCUGUUAUUGCAAACAAAGGUUUCUGUACCAAAUAUUAAGUUCUGCUUUUCUGAUGUAUCAAAUACUUAUGUCAUGCCAUAAAAUGCAAAUUAAUUACUUUAAAAAUCAUACAAUGUGAUUUUCUGGAUUUUUGUUUUAGAUUCCGUCUCUCACAGUUGAAGUGUACCUAUGAUAAAAAUUACAGACCUCUACAUGCUUUGUAAGUAGGAAAACCUGCAAAAUCGGCAGUAUAUCAAAUACUUGUUCUCCCCACUGUAUAUGGAGAAAGAAGUGAUCCUUUUCUGACCCAAAUAAUGCCAUAAUGCACAUGACAUGGAAGGUCUCAAGUCCACACUCCCUUUGACUCUCAGGUCUUUGGGGGAUUGUGAAUAACGCGGGAGUCCUGGGCUUUGUGGCAGAUGGAGAGAUUCUGCCUGUGAGAGUAUACAGGGAAUGCUUGGCAGUGAACUUCCUUGCUGCAGUAGAGGUCUCUCAGGUGUUUCUUCCAAUGCUCCGACACUCCAGAGGCAGGCUAGUCAACGUCUGCAGUAUGGCAGGUAACAUAUGUGGACUGUUUAUUGGUUAUUGUCAAAACAAAGGGUUAGGGUUAACCUUGAGCAGUCACUCACAAGUUAUACUGGCUACGGAAACAGGAUUACAACUAUCCCACUUAUGACACCAAUGCAAUUUCAAAGCAAGUAUAGCUGGCCAAGCAAUUUCCAAGCAUGUAAAGUUGGCCAAUAACCUCCACUACUACUCAGACAGCCUUAUAAGGUGAGGAAACUGUAAAUAUAACGAAUCUUGUACCUGUAGCCAGUUUGACAUGCGACUCUGUGCUCAACGUUAACCCUAACCCUUUCCUGUUGACGAUAAACCAAAAAAUCUGUUUGUGCAGGUGAUGUGCCCGUCCCUGGGUUUGUGGCCUAUGGAGCAUCCAAAGCAGCCCUGAACACCUUCUCUGGAGUGAUGAGACUAGAGUUGGCCAGAUGGGGUGUCAACGUAUCCACAAUUCAACCUGCAGGCUUCAGGACAAGUAUGUAUAAUAAAUAAUGACAAAAUGUUAUGAGUUGAAAAUGUAAAUGCUAUGACCUGAGACAGCGGAGAACUUCAGCCUCACUCUCCAGCGCUCUUAGUUGUUGCGGAAAUGUACCCAGUACUGCUGUUUACUUUGUGCAUCGCUGAGUCUACUGUACCUUUAAAUAAACAUUGUUUUCCCCGUUUUGAUUUGCCUAAUCAACGGACUUGUCUAUCAUUUGGUUGAAAACGCAGAUAUCUUCGGUAGCAGUGAUGACUGGAGCCGCUACCAAGAGGAGAUCUUCACCUCUCUAUCCCAGGAUGUCCGGAAGGACUACGGCGAGGCCUACAUCUCCUCUCUCCAGACCCGCUUUUCCAAGAUGGCCGACAUGUCCUCAGAGGACCUGCAUCCCGUGCUAGAUGACAUGUGCCACGCCCUGAUGUCAGUGGCCCCCAGAUCCGUCUACACCCCUGGCCAGUCUGCGUGGCUCAUCCCCUGCCUCCACCGCCUCUGCCCCACACAGUUCUAUGACAUCAUUAUUACAAGUCUGUUUCAGUUCAAUAGUAGUCUGCCAGCUGGGCUCCAGGCAGGAGGCUCAGUGGGUUCGAAGACUUGAUAAAAUGCGAGAUAACUGAUGUGAUGUCGGGCUAUUCUUUCCCAAGGUUCUUUAUGGGAAUGCUUCCAUAGAUUAGUAUCUCUCCAUCUUCCCUCAUGCUUGGUUGGCAGGCUUUGUAUCAACACAGCACUUUGACAGCUUCAUAAUCAAGGCUAUUGAAAACCCUUACUUGUUAUUGUUUGAAUGAAGUAAUUUUUUUGUCCAUUUCUCACAGAAAACAAGACAAACCGCCACAUUGGGUUAUAGUUUUAAUGAAACUAUACCCUUGUCCAUGGUACAAGAAUGUGGGCUUCAUUUCCUGUGUCCAUAACCCUCAAUGCAUCUUGAAGAAAUAUAUUUUUUAAAAGAGGAUAUAUAACAUCCAUUCAACUUUCAAAUAUAUGCCUGUAACAUCUAUGGAAGUUACCUAUGGUUCAUGAAAACACAGCAGUAAAAAAAAAAAAAA